ACUGUUAUCUAAUCUGAUUGUCUCAAUAUUCGUUCGUCAAUAGAAUUAUCCUUCAAACAUGAAAUUUCUCCUUUUAUUUCUUUGUGUGGUGAAAAUUCUUCGUGCUCAAGAAGACGCCGUCCUCUGCUCUGGCCAAACAUGCUCUACCUACAUAACUGAAAACCCUUGUGCUGCGCUUCCCGAAAAAUGCAAAAUACAAAAUUCGACAUACAACGGGCUGUUCUUACCGUCUCCGGAUCCUUGCGGCUGUUGUCAGUAUUGUCUGGAAAACCUAAAUGAAAACGAAUUCUGCGCAAGAGGCGAAGUCGGGGGCUUAAUUCCAGAAUCGAUUUGUGGUCCAGGACUUACGUGUUUUCAGGACGUUCAAGGUGCAGACAGCAGAUGCGUAAAAAUGACGGAUGCAGUGACUAAGGAUGACACGUUAUCAACUCUUUAUCCAUGUAGCAAAGCACAAGCCGACUACGACAAAAGAAGGGAGGAGGAAACUUCUGGUUUUUUGGAAACGCGUCCGGACUGUGACGACGAUGGUCUAUACCAACCAUACAAAUGCGUACUCGGGCAAACGUGUUUCUGCGUAGACAAACUAGGAAAGAGAAUUUUUGGAGAGAUUCCUUUUACUAGCACAGCAGAUCUGAAUCUAAAAUGCGAGUGUUCCCGAAAAUACCACGAGGUUCUAAAAUUCUUCGACAAGACCGCCCUACAUCCGAACCAACACUUCCGGUGCGCCUCCAACGGCGACUACGACACGAUUCAGUGCAUAGGGGACGCUUGCAUGUGCACAGAUGCCCAGGACGGGGCCCCGACUUUUCCCAAUGAAGCCCCCGUAAACAUAUCGUUGAUUUCCAGCACAACUUUACCCAAUUGUUUCAAGAAAAACCUCCACAAAACCAACAAAUACUACCACGCUUGCGCCGAAAAAUAUUUGAGCAUUUUGGAAGAGCUUGAGGGCUACAAAAGCGACGGUUACGACACUGUUUUCGAAAUGGAGGAGUACCCAAAGUGCGACCUGGAGGGACAAUAUGCACCGGUGCAGAAGAACGAGACGACAGAUCCUGUGUAUUAUUAUUGCUCGUUUCCUAACGGGACGCAGAUCGGUGAGUACCAAGGGAGCGACGAGACGGACAUGGACUGCAAUUGUGCAAGAACUUUGCUUCUGAUGGAGGGCGCACUCGAAAAACCGCAGUGUUGCCAGAAUGGCAAUUUUAAUCCCGUCCAGUGCAGAAGAGGGACGUGUUAUUGCGUUGAUGCUGAUGGGAGUCAAGAUGUCAACAAGCCGGAGAAUACGGAAGGUGAAAUAGAAGUUAGCAUAUAUGAAAAGACAAAUCUGUUUUGUUAUAAGGAAGACGAGCAACAAAAAUGUGCAGGAACUGCGUCGAUUUAACACGCCAGGAAAAAUUUUAAUAAAACUCUAGCAAUAAUAAAUUAUUUUAUGAUAUUAAUAAA